AUGGAGAGUUCAGGCGCGUCCCCAACAAAGCUGGACUUGCGACCUAGUAUCCUGAAGCCCCUGCAAGGUUCGUGGCUCAUGGAAGUGUACACUUCGCUCAAGCAGCGCCCAGCUCUGAUGCGAUCUGGAUUUGAAAAAAACAACGGCACCACUCAGAUGGACCAAGCGAUCGUGUGGUGCUUACAAGAACUUCCAGCUGAAGAUAUUUUGAAGGCAGAGCUUUCACUGUUUCCCAUUCAUUUAUUUACGUUUAUGCCUUCGUACGGGGAUGCACUGGUUCCUACUAAUCCAACGCAAGCAAUCAAAGAAGGUCGCAUGCUUCCGGUAGAUAUCAUGGUGGGCAGCAACUCUGACGAAGGCACCAUCGCUUUCUAUACCUUGAUUCCCGAAGGGGUGCCUUCUAACUGGACCGCACAAUUCCCGCCUGCCGUAGUCCAGAGCAUUAUAAAACACGACCUGGACGACGUCGAGCCGUCUGACUCGUCGGCUGUCUUCAAUGCAAUGACCGACUCCGCAGGGAACUUUCUGCUCGACUGUCCAACAGUGUUCGCUGCGGAAAGUUUCAGUGCUCAUCUCCGCAACGUGCACGGCUACCAGUUCGCCCAUCGUCCUUCAGUCAGUUUCUGGCCUGAAGCGUUCGGUGUCACCCACACCGAGGAGAUACCAUUUGUCUUCGGUCUUCCCGUACGCUACAAUCAAAGAGGCUAUUCCGCUGAUGAUAGCAGGAUGAGUGAAAGUGUCAUGAACGCGUGGACGAGCUUUGCCCGUACUGGGUACGUGUGA